AGAACCUGCGACCAUGUGCGACCAAACCUUUGUAGCGGCCACUUUUGGCCCCUGUGAGAGCUGUGGGAGACCCAGUCCUCUCAUGAACAUUUACAUCAAGAAUGAGCCAAUCAACUAUUGCUCCUUCUGCGUGGAAAUGAUGGCUUGUCAGGGACUCCAGAGCGGGGAGAGCGUGGCGUCGCUGAAGCGGGAGUGCGACAGUCUGAAGAAGAAGCUGGAGGAGGAGAGGGGCAAACUCAACGACGUGGAGCUCCACCAGGUGGCUGAGAAGAUUGAGGUGUUGGGCAGUCUCUCCAUCAAGACCAGACGUGUGCUCAAAGGCCAUGGAAACAAGGUGCUCUGCAUGGACUGGUGCAAAGACAAACGGCGUCUAGUAAGCUCCUCGCAGGAUGGAAAAGUGAUUGUGUGGGAUGGAUUCACACUCAACAAGGAGAAUGGGAUCAGUGUGCCCUGCACAUGGGUGAUGGCGUGUGCUUAUGCACCCUCGGGCUGUGCAGUGGCAUGUGGUGGACUGGACAAUAAGUGUUCAGUUUACCCUCUGUCUAUGGAUAAGAAUGAGAACCUCUCUGCUAAGAAGAAGUCCGUCGCUAUGCACACCAAUUAUGUGUCUGCAUGCACCUUCACCAACUCUGACAAUCAGCUCCUCACAGCUAGUGGUGAUGGCUCAUGUGCAUUAUGGGAUGUGGAAAGUGGGCAGCUGCUGCAGAGUUUCCACGGCCACACGGCUGAUGUCUUGUCCCUGGAUCUGGCACCAUCUGAGACUGGAAACACUUUUGUAUCUGGGGGCUGUGAUAUGAAGGCUAAUGUGUGGGAUAUGCGCUCUGGGCAGAACAUCCAGUCUUUCGAGAGUCACGUGUCUGACAUUAACUGUGUGAAGUACUAUCCCAGUGGAGAUGCGUUUGCAUCAGCUUCAGACGACGCUACAUGUCGUUUCUAUGAUUUACGUGCUGACCGUGAAGUGGCUGUCUACCAGAAGGACAGUAUCAUAUUUGGGGCUUCCACUGUGGACUUUUCUCUGAGUGGUCGCCUGCUGUUUGCUGGGUACAAUGACUACACUAUCAAUGUGUGGGACGUAUUAAAGGGGACGCGGGCCACUGUUCUGUUUGGUCAUGAGAAUCGCGUUAGCAGAGUGCGAGUGUCUCCUGACGGCACUGCUCUGUGUUCUGCCUCCUGGGAUCAUACCUUACGGAUCUGGGCCUAAAGUUUACAUCAACAUCAAUGGUGAUACAAUAACUAUAUUAACUA